AUGCCUUUUGGUCUCAAGAAUGCCGGCACUACUUACACGAGGGCCAUGAUGACUAUCUUUCACGAUAUGAUUCACAAGGAGAUCAAGGUGUAUGUAGAUGAUGUCAUAAUCAAGUCCCGCGAGAGUUCGGAUCACUUGACUCACUUGAGGAAAUUCUUUGAUCGCUUGCGUAUAUACAAUUUGAAGUUAAAUCCCGCUAAAUGUGCUUUUGGAGUGCUAGCCGGCAAGUUAUUGGGAUUUAUAGUCAGCCGAAGGGGCAUUGAGCUUGACCCUUCCAAGAUCAAGGAGAUCCAAGAAUUACCUCCUCCAAAGACCAAGAAAGAGUUAUUGAAAAAAGAUGUCUCGACCAAGUGGACCGGAGAAUGUCAAACUGCUUUUGAUGUCAUCAAGAACUAUUUGUCCAAUCCACCGGUGUUGGUCCCUCCUCGAGAAGGGAGUCCAUUAUUGCUAUAUUUGUCGAUCUCGAAUAAUGCGUUGGGAUGCGUGCUUGGUCAACAUGAUGAGACUGGGAAGAAGGAGCGAGUCAUUUAUUACUUGAGUAAAAAGUUCACUCCAUAUGAGGCUCGAGAUAAAGCACAAGCCUUGGCUGAUCAUCUUGCGGAGAAUCCAAUUGAUGAAGAGUAUAAACCGCUCAAGACUUAUUUUCCCGAUGAGAAAGUAGCGUUUGUAGGUGAAGAUAUUUCUGAAGCAUAUCUUGGUUGCAGAGUAUUCUUUGAUAGAGCGGCAAAUCAUCAAGGGAAAGGUAUCGGAGCAGUCUUAGUGUCGGAAUCCGGUCAGCAUUAUCCUAUGGCGGCUAAACUCCGAUUUAAUUGCACAAACAACAUGGCUGAGUAUGAAGCUUGCAUCCUCGAUUUAAAGAUGGCAAUCGACAUGAACGUUUAUGAGCUUCUAGUUAUUGGAGACUCAGACUUACUGAUUCAUCAAGUUCAAGGAGAAUGGGCCGUGAAGAAUCUAAAAAUCACACCGUACGUGCAGUAUAUACAAAAUUUGUUCAAGAUAUUUCGCAAGAUUGAGUUCAGUCAUACUCCCAGAACACAGAAUGAGUUGGAUGAUGCUCUUGCCACCAUUGCCUCAAUGAUCAAACAUCCAGAUACAAGUUAUAUUGAUCCAGUAGAUAUAGAGAAGUAUUUAGAGGAGGGUACUUAUCCUGAGAAUGCAGCGUUCAAGCAAAAGAAAUCUAUACGCCGUAUGGCCCUCCAUUUCUUUGCAAGUGGGGAAAUCCUUUACAGGAGGACUCCAGAUUUAGGUCUUCUCAGAUGUAUUGAUGCUAAUGAAGCUGCAAAGCUUCUAGAACAGAUACAUGCCGGAAAGUGUCACAAGUGUCAAGUGGAUGGCGAUUUGAUUCGAGUGCCGCCUCACGAACUCAAUGCUAUGAGUUCACCUUGGCCUUUUGUAGCUUAG